AUGCUCGUUUCAAACGACGACGAGGCCCCCGCCGUUGCCCAAGUUGUCUGCCGCGCGCUGGGCUAUGGGGGCGGGAUACCCCGCUUCAGCGGCUGGUACGGUGUGAAUGGUACCGCCACCCCGCUGAUAUGGCUGCCCAAGUGCUUGGGCGGCGAAGCCAGCUUGGAAAAGUGCUCCUUCGCGCGGGCAGGCGACGAAGGGCCAAGGCCCGACACGCUUGGCGUGGCUUGCGCAGGAUCCCGCACCCUCUCCGGCGUGCGCCUCACGAGUGGCGGCACGCCCACCGUGCGUGCGGGGCGACUGGAAGUUCGCGUUCCUGGACGCGGCUGGGGUGUGGUCUGCCGCAACUGGGAUUCUUUUGGAGACAGGGAAGCCAACGUGACAUGCCGCUCUCUUGGCUACCAGCACGGCGUGCGGCCGGAGUACAACACCAACCCCGACGGCGAGCCCGCCGCCCCGCCGCCCACCCGGCACGGCGGCGGCAAGCUGCCGGUGCUGGCCCUCAGUAUUGAGUGCCCUCGGGGCAGCGAAGCUAACGUGGCGGGCUGCAUUCUUGAAAGAUCCCGCCCGGGUUACUGCUAUGAGAAGGGCCACGUGGAGGUGGAGUGCUCUUGA